AUGAAGAAAGGGGACUUUGUUAAUCAGAGUCGGAAUGAAGUUGGGGCUCUACACUGCAUGUCUGGCAGUAAUUAUGGCAGCAAAAUGAAGAGGAUUAAGGUACUAUCCCAUCCAGGGUUCACAUUAGUGGGAUUGAUGUUGUUGGCCACCCUGCCUUUUGGAGCAAGCAUCAAACAAACUGUCCCAAGGGUCAAACUCAACUACAAAGAACUGCUGCAAGCCGGCAGUGUAUCUGUGUUUUUGGGCCCCUCCGAUGGCCUCCACUCCCACUCGCUGCUGCUGGAUGAGGAGAAGGGUCGUCUUCUGUUGGGAGCGAGGGAUAACAUCUACCUGCUCGACCCUGACAAUCUGGCCAGAGCCCCAAGAAAGAUUAACUGGCCUGCUCCGAGGGACCGAGUCGAAAUGUGCAAACUGGCAGGAAAAAAUGCAAAUUUGGAGUGUGCUAACUUUGUUAGGGUCCUCCACAACUACAACCGAACACAUGUUUAUGGCUGUGGGACAGGCUCCUUCCACCCCACCUGUGCUUUUAUUGAAAUCACUGGCCGCAGAGAGGAUGGCGUGUUCCAACUGCUGUCGAGUACAGUGGAGUCUGGCAGAUUGAAGUGUCCUUUUGAUCCCCUGCAGCCAUUCACCUCGGUCCUCACAGAUCAGUACCUGUAUGCCGGCACAUCAUCAGACUUCCUGGGCAAAGACACAACGUUCACACGCUCCCUCGGCCCUCCACCUGACCAGCACUACAUACGCACUGACAUGUCUGAAGAAUACUGGAUCAAUGAGGCCAGGUUUAUAUCGGCUCAUCCCAUUGCAGACACCUACAAUCCAGAUGAUGAUAAAAUAUACUUCUUCUUCCGCGAGGUUUCGUGGGAAGGCAAUGACAAGAGCAUCCUGUCUCGAGUGGCUCGUGUGUGCAAGAAUGAUGUGGGUGGGCUGAGGAGUCUGACCAAUAAAUGGACCACCUUCCUCAAAGCCAGACUUAUAUGUUCCAUCCCUGGACCGGACGGAGUGGACACACACUUCGAUGAACUUCAGGACAUAUUUAUGCUUCCUACCAGAGAUGAGAAAAACCCCAAAGUGUAUGCAGUGUUCACCACCUCCAGCUCAAUUUUCCGUGGCUCAGCAGUGUGUGUGUACAGCAUGGCGGACAUAAGAGCUGUGUUUAAUGGACCCUACGCCCACAAGGAGGGGCCCGACCACCGAUGGGUAGAAUACGAGGGAAGGAUACCCUAUCCCCGUCCUGGAACGUGUCCCAGCAAGACAUAUGACCCAAGGAUCAAGACCACCAAAGACUUCCCAGAUGAGGUGGUCAGUUUUAUUCGAUUCCACCCUCUCAUGCAUCACUCUGUGACUCCUCUGACUGGCCGACCCGUGUUCACACGCGUCCGAGUGGACUACACCCUGACUCAGAUCGUGGUGGACAGAGUUUUGGCAGAGGAUGGACAAUAUGAGGUCAUGUUUCUGGGAACAGAUGCCGGCUCAAUCCUGAAAGUGGUGAGCAUCACUCAGGAGAAUUGGUCAACAGAGGAAGUGGUGCUCGAAGAACUCCAAGUUUUCCAGGUUCCCACUCCCAUCCUCAGUAUGGAGAUGUCUUCCAAACAGCAACAGCUCUAUGUGGGUUCAAGUGAAGGGCUAGCCCAGGUCUCACUCAGUAGAUGUCACCUGUAUGGCCAAGCCUGUGCUGAGUGCUGCCUGGCUCGAGACCCCUACUGCGCCUGGGACGGAAACACAUGCUCUCAAUACGUCCAUGCAUCCAAGAGGCGAGCCAGAAGACAGGACAUCAAGCAUGGAGACCCAGCCAGCCAGUGCUGGGACACCAAAGACAGUCUUGUUGGGGGACGGGUGGAGGAGAGAGUCCUUUAUGGUGUGCAGAGCAACUCCACCUUCCUCGAGUGUAUCCCCAAAUCUCAACAGGCUCAGAUCCGAUGGUACAUACAGAGACGUGGAUCUGAACGCAGAGAGGAGGUCAGACUGGAUGACCGUGUUGUACACACAGAUCGAGGUCUCCUGAUUCGCUCCCUCCAAACCUCUGAUGCCGGUGUGUACGUAUGCGUUGCUCAAGAGCACACGGACUUCACCCACACUCUCCUCCGUCUCAAGCUUCAACUCGUUACAAAUGGACAACUGGAUGGAAAGCCCAAGCCCAGUGAAGACCCUGCAGUGGAACUACGCCACGGCGUGGAUCCCCGGCAGCACUAUAAAGACUACCUGAGAGUGAUGAGCUCCCCCUUCGGCUCUCUGGAGGAGUACUGUGAUUCACUGUGGCUGGAGAAGAGGCCGACAAGAAUACGGGGACGAGGCUUAGGAGGUGGAAAAUGGAAACAUAUACAGGAAAUGAAGAAGAGCAGGAACAGGAGACAACACAGAGAGAGGGAGGAAGAGCGGGAUAAACAAGAGCGAGGGAGAGUGGUGAGGACAGCAAAUCAGUGAAGGGCGUGGUAAAAAAAAACAUUCAGGGUUAGUUGUCUAUUCUUGAAAAAGCAGAACGUGACACAGAACAGAUACAUUCAUAAGCAAGCUAAAUCUAAGCUUGUUUAUAUGGUGUGAAAGACCAGUAUUAAUUUCAACGAGCAAAUGUAAUGAGUAUUAAAUGAGCAAAGAGAAGUAGCUGUGUAUACGUCAUUUCUUUCAUCUUCUAACACCUGUUCUGUUGUAGAAAACAUGCUUUUAAAACCGUCAGAGACUGAAUGACCACAGUUUUGCAAUGUUAAAAACGUUGCUAAGUUAUCUAUCAACUUCUAUUGCAGCCACAGUGAUUAUGGAGAUAAACUGACCAGAUGAAGGAUUGCAACAUUAAUGCCAUUUCCUUCAGUUACCACUGGCAAAAUAUAUCUCCCAACCAUACAGACUGAAGCAUAAUGGAGGUGAUCCUUUGACCUUUUCCAAAAUUGCUGAGAUUAGAAAAAAAUAAAAGUAGCAGACUUUGCUUUUGGUGAUGACAAUGGAUUCAUGUUGAAAGACUGUAAAUAUUUAUAUACCAUGUACAGGAGAUGUGGCAUGCUGAAUUUAGUCUCAUUACUGAUUGACAUAACUAUGAUAAUCCUGUAUUAUGCUUGAGCUGACAAAAUGUCAUAUUUUUGUACAAACUUUUCACUCGUAUAUACAGUACUGUAGAUUUGAUAGUUUUUCUUAAUUGCUGAAAGUUAUUUAAAUAAAUGUUCUUGGAAACUCUGUGAC